GCCUGUUGUGUACUUGUUGUGUAUUUUAAAAAUAAGAAUAUUGAGCCUAACCAUCAGAAAUAAGUUCCAAUUUCACUCGGUGGUGGCCCCUUUAGGUACUCCCUCCUGGAAAUAAGUCCUGUUGAUCACUGCAGAUAAGAGACUUGGGCUUCCAUCUUCCCCCACCAAUAUAGUCCUUAGUGAGGACCAAGCUGUCAAAGAAAUUGCAAGCAACUCCCAAAGCAGUGGGGAGGAGCCAUAGACUGGAAGGUGGGAGCCAGGAUAGAAGGGGCAGAGAGGUGGAGUAACAAGACAGAAUUUAGGAGGCUGGUCAAUAGCAUCAUCAUCAUCAUCAUCCAUCUUUUCAAUGAGGUAGGGAGGCUCCUGCAAUCCAACUAUCUUCCGGCUACCUUUGUUUCUCUUAUUCAGUAAUCUAGCUGGACAUCUAGCUGCACAUUACCUGAAAAGAAAUUGGGAAUACCCACAGCACGGAACCGGCAGAUCGUUGGCACUAACCUGCCUCUGACCUCAGCUUUUUGGAGAAGAGCAGGAAGACUCGCACCUGAGAGACCGAAAGAGGGAAAGAAAGAGAGCGCGAGAGAAAGCGCGAAAGAUCGGGGAGGGAGCGAACAAAGAGGCUUUGAGGAUGCUCUAACGAUGCCGCGGGCGGCCACUCGUCCUCACGGAGCCUUCUGGGAAGGGCGUUGCUGGCCGAAAUGAUGCUCCCAAUCUUUCCUCGGCGCUCCAAGCAGAGAGAUUAGAGGCAAAACACAACCUAAGCCCAGGAGCGCUCCGGAGCAAAGAAACUAUCCCGUGAAGGGGAUCAAGUCGGGUUCGGAAAGGGCCUCAAGCAGGAAAGCGCCGUAAGAAAGCUGCGCGUCGGAGGAUGGCUGGUCCACCUGCCUCGUCGCUCCUGGCGGCGGUCGUCUGCCUGCUGGCCUUGAAAGGCCCCCACCUCUCCAGGGGAAGGCAGAGCGAAAGCCGCUCUGCGGUAUCCCAGGACGGGGAGCUCUGCUGGGUUAGCAAAGCCAGAGCCGCGACUCUCCCUCAGCACCCUUAUGCGAGCUACCCGCGUCCCACCGUGGGAGCGGCAGCCUCGGCGUUGGGGCACAGAACAACGCCCUCGAGGCUCCGCCGCGCUCCCAGUUCCGACGGGAGCAGCGUGGAAGACACGUGGGAAGAGAGCAACAUUUUCCCGCUACGCCAAAGCGCAAAAGCCGGCCCUUCUGCCCCAGCUGCGAGUUGGACGCCGGAUUCCGUGGCUGCGCUUUACUUCUCCGGCAGAGCCGCGCAACUACUGUUGCGGCCGGGAGCCCGCGCAGAGCUGCCCCGUGCCGAAUUCACCAUCGAAGCUUGGGUGAAACCCGAGGGCGGGCAGAGCAAUCCGGCGAUUGUCGCAGGUGUAUUUGACAAUUGCUCUCACAUUGGCAAUGAUAAGGGAUGGACAUUGGGCAUCCGUUCGGAGGAGAAUCCUGGAAGAAAGAAUGCCCGUUUCUUCUUCUCACUCCGUACAGACCGUGUCAAGAAAUCUACCACUAUAUUGGCAUACCACCGUUACCGGCUCCAUACAUGGACUCACGUGGCAGCCACUUACAGUGGGAAGGAGAUGUUUCUGUAUGUCAAUGGCAAGCGGGUAGCUCGCAGUUCCCAGCAAUCUGGUGACCUUCACAGUCCUUUCAUGGCCUCUUGCCGCACUUUGAUCCUGGGAGGCAGCAACUCAGAUGGACACAACUUCCGAGGCUACCUGGCCCUGCUGGGCCUUUGGAACAUUGCUAUGCCCCAAGAGAAACUCCAGAGGGCCUUCCUGGGAAAGUUUGAAGGAAGAAAACCUUCUUUAUGGCUCAGUGCAAAGUUCAGCCAUUUGCAGCAGCAGUGGGCAACAUUCAAGGAUGGAGUCUACCCACAAGUAGAGAUGAUAUAUAGACCAGAACCUCAAGUUCUAUCUCCACUUAUACCCCCAUUCUGUGGACAAACUGCCUGUGAUAAUGUGGAAUUGAUAUCUCAUUACAACAGCCACUGGCCGCUACGGAAUGAGAAAGUAGUGCACUAUCGGGUUGUCAAUAUCUAUGAUGAUGAUGGUCUCCAUCCUACUGUGAGUGAAGAACAGAUUGCCCACCAGCAUCAAGCCCUGAAUGAGGCCUUUAGCAGCUAUAACAUCACCUGGCAACUUCGAAUUCACAAAGUAUAUAAUUCAUUGCUCCGUCACCGUGUGAUUCUAAUGAACUGUGAACCUGGAAAAAUUGGCAAUGAGUUUUGCAAUCCUGAGUGCAAGCACCCAUUGACAGGCUAUGAUGGUGGUGACUGCCGUUGGCUGGGGCGCUGCUAUGUCUGGGAACGUCGGGAUGGUGUGUGCAACAUGGAGUGCAACAAUAUGCUCCACAAUUUUGAUGAUGGAGACUGUUGUAACCCCAAAGUAACUAAUGUAAGGAAAACUUGCUUUGAUCCAGAUUCUCCACAAAGGGCCUAUAUGAGCAUGAAGGAACUUAAAGAGGUCCUUCAGCUGAACAGCACACACUUCCUCAAUGUCUAUUUUGCCAGCUCCGUGCAAGAAGAGCUAGCUGGUGCUGGCACCUGGCCUUGGGACAAGGAUGCCCUCAGCCAUCUGGGUGGAGUAGUUCUAAAUCCAGCUUACUAUGGGAUGCCAGGCCAUAUAAAUACUAUGAUCCAUGAAAUAGGACACGUCUUGGGACUCUAUCAUGUCUUUAAGGGUGUGGAUGAAAAAGACUCCUGUGAUGAUCCAUGCAGGGAGACUACACCAUCCAUGGAAACUGGAGAUCUCUGUGCUGACACUGCACCUACACUCAAAAGCAAAGUCUGUCGGGAUCCAGAUCCUAUCAAUGACACCUGCGGCCAUACUUCUUUCUCUGGAACUCCCUUCAGCAAUUAUAUGAGCUAUACAGAUGACAAUUGCACAGACAAUUUUACUCCAAACCAAGUGGCACGAAUGCAUUGCUAUCUGGAUCUGGUAUACCAGCAGUGGACUCAGAGCAGAAAACCCACUCCUGUCCCUUUGCCGCCUAUGGUGGUUGGUCAGAGCCAGGAUACGCUCACCAUACACUGGCUACCUCCCAUUAGUGGAAUGCUUUAUGAAAGAGAGUCAGGGAAUCUCUGCGGAAAUUGUGCUGAAGAUGGAACUUUCAGCCAGUAUGUACAUGAAGCCUCUUCUCCUCUAAUCUGUGACUCGUCUGGCUAUUGGACUCCAAAGGAGGCAGUAGGUCCUCCAGAUGUAACUCAACCCUGUGAAACCAGUUUGCAGGCCUGGAGCCCCGAAUUUAAUCUGUUUAAUGUGAGCAUGACCACUCCUUGCCUUAAGCCUUUUGGUUGCAUUUUGGAACUCUACUUCUUAUAUCCUGUGUAUUCUGACUCUUUGCUGAUAUGGACUACAAAUUUCUCCAUCAAUUCCAAAGCGCUGUCAGAUAUUGAGAUCCUGACAGAGCAGGGGGAUUCUGUACACCUUGGACCUAUGGAUACAUUCUGUGACAUUCCCCUCACGGUGAAACUGAAUCUUACCAAGAAGGUGACUGGCUUAAAAAUUUAUACCUUUGAUGAGAAGAUGGAGAUAGAUGCUGCACAAUUGAUCUCCACACCACACAGUCUCCUUUGUUCAAACUGCAAACCUGUAAAGUACAGGAUUCUGCGGGACCCCCCAUUCCAAGAUGGAUCUCCAGCAAUGGUGAUGCAGCCAGGAAGAACAUUUAUUGACAAGGAAGUCAGAAUAGGCCAACGAUACCAGUACCAAGUGCAGGCUAUAGCAGGAGCUGCUAUAAGUGAAGCUUCCCCACCUCUAUUCCACAUCCAUGGCUCUUCCUAUUGUGGGGAUGGACAAGUAAGCAGGAGUCUUGUAGAGGAAUGCGAUGAUGGAAACCUAUUAGAGGGGGAUGGUUGCUCGAGAAACUGUAAAAAAGAAAGAGGAUACCACUGUAUUGGUGAACCAAGCCUAUGCUAUGUCCAUGAAGGUGAUGGCAUUUGCGAGCCGUUUGAGGAAAGGAACAGCAUUGUGGAUUGUGGUCUCUUUACCCCAAAAGAUUAUGUGGAUCAGUGGGCAUCAGAUGCCUAUGCAUCCCACCAAGAUGAGAAAACAUGUCCAGUGUUCAUGGUGAUUGGAGAACCUCUUGUGAAGGUGUGCAGGCCCCAUCAUCAGGAGACUCUGGAGAGUGAAUCACAACUGGCUUGGUUUCCUUGUAUGAAAAAUGAUGUUCUUCAGGAUACAGACAUGGAGAAAACACAUUUGAAUGACAGAAUUUGGCUGAAGGUGUGUUUCAGCCAACCCAGAAUGGCUACUUCACUUUUUGUUUUCCUGGCAUCUGUGGGAACUUCCAGUGGUGACCAUCUCAAACCAUCUAUGACGAUACACUUGGGUGACAUCAAUGGUCACAACCAUUUCCUUGCUACAUCAGAGCUGUCAUGUCAGCAGAAUCCCCUGGUCAUCAACAUGACUGGAAAAAUUGCCUCCCACCAAAUCACCUAUGCCUUGUUCAACUUCUCCUCUCUCUCUGUGAGCAUCUCUGCAGUGGCUUUGCGAACCCGUUUGCCAUUUGACUCUUCCAGCCCAAGUAAUUGUCUCCCAGAGCAUAAAGGCCAUGGCUGCCAGAGACACAGCUGUACUCAACAUACCUGUAGAGAGCAGGGAAGCUGUGUGCUUCCACAGAUCCAUCAUGCUACUCUUGCAAACUGUAGUUCCAGUAGUCGGGGUCACCUAGAAUGUGCUAUUUCUUGUGAGAAAGGUUUUGUUCUCCAUGUUAAACAUGGACAAUUGCUGCACCCACGACAGAAAGACAUCUUGCUGACUUGUAUCUCUGGUCACUGGGACACAUCAGUGACAUGUAACCCCAUUGACUGCCAAUUUCCAGACCAAUCUCACGUCCUUUAUGCAGAGUUCUCCUGCCCCAAAGGAACUACGUUUAUGAAGCGAUGCUUCCUUUCCUGUAUCAAGCCAGCGAAACUCCAAGGAAUUAAUCAGUGGAUCACCUGCCUGGAAGAUGGACUCUGGUCACUUCCAGAAGCUUACUGCAAACUGGAGUGCGACUCUCCAGGCCCAAUUGCCAAUGCUGAGCUGUUGGUGCCUCGAUGCAAGGAACGGAAUCAUGAUGUGGGAUUUGUCUGCAGCUACAAGUGUAAGCCUGGAUACCAUGUAGCAGAAACAAAAGAUGAAAAGCCCAGGAAAACAUUUUUGAAUAUCCACUGCCUUGAAACGGGCUUCUGGGAGGAAGGGAGCUGCAUUCCUGUGGUUUGUAAACCGCCUCCACCAGUCUUUGAAGGGAUGUACAACUGCACCAAUGGCUUUGAGCUUGACAGUCAGUGUGUUCUUAGCUGUGGUCCACAGAGUAAGACGUUUCCCAUUCUUUGCACUAAAAAUGGCUUGUGGACAGAGGAAUUUAAAUUGUGUGAAGAACUGCAGGGAGAAUGUGCAUUUCCGCAGGAGCUUAAUUCAGUGGAAUAUAAGUGUGAGCAAGGUUAUGGAAUUGGAGCUACAUGCAUACCUUCCUGUCUGUUCCUACCGAGAGAUCCUGUGAUAUUGCCUGAAAAUGUCAUUGCUGAUACCAUGGACCACAGACUGAAACCUACCAAAGUCCAGAGUAUUGUGUGUACUGGAAGAUUGGAAUGGUAUCCUAGCCCAAAAUCUAUUCAUUGUAUUAUUUCCUGUGAGCCUUUCCAUGCCGAUGGCUGGUGUGACACAAUCAACAACCGAGCCUAUUGUCAGUAUGAUGGGGGUGACUGUUGUUCCUCCACAGUCUCCUCAAAGAAGGUUGUUCUGUUUCCCAAUGGCUGUGAUCAGGAUGAAUGCACCUGCCGGGAUCCAGCAGCAGAAGAAAAUCAGUAGCGCCUGCAGCUGCCACCAGGACACAUUGUGCUGCCAAGGUUCAAAUUGGAGGAAAUUACAAAGUCUUGAGGGAAAGCAUAAAUAGGAGAACAGCAAAGGCUGAAGAAAAAGAUUCAGGGGAAGUCUGGUCAUAAAGAUCCUGCACUUGAUGUGUAAGUGCAUAAAGGAGAAGGAAAUUUUUGAAGAAAGGGGUGGAGAGGAGAGCGAGAAAACAAAACACCCUUACCACCUUUGGACAACUUCUUUUCCAUCAGAACUGAAAUACAAUAGGGUCUUGUCAGUUCUGCUGGCAAACUGGAUCUGAACCAAGCCCGAAAGCUACUUUCCUUGCCGCAUCAAUGGCUUGCCACCUAAACUGUGUCUUUGCUCUGAUGUUUUAUUGGUGUGCGCCCCUCUAGAGCUUGAUUUAGCUAAGCAGGGAGGGAAAUGUGAUCUGUCUGCAAAUAUUUAAACAUAAUUUUAUUACAAAUCUAUAUAAUAUUUUUACUUGCUGUUUAGUAAACUAAACCAUGCUGCUGUGAAAUACACUACAUUAGAAAUGUGGGAUCAUGUAAUGAACAUUUCCAGAAAUCCAGCAGAAUUCCAAUGGGGAGCUUAUAAAUAUCUAAAUGAAGCAGAAAUUGCUUUUUUCCCUAAAUUAUAUAACACUCAACUGCAGACUUAAAGUCAUGUAUGAGAACGCUCUGUCAGUCAUAUCUGUCUGCACUUCUACCACAAAGAAACCAGGCCUGAUUUUUUUUUUUACUAGGCACACAUACCUAUCCCCCUAUUUCCUAAGCAGCACUACAAGUAGUAACUUAAAGAAAUGAAAGGCAUAAGAUAAAAGGAAAAAAAAACCAUAAAGCUUAAUGUAUUUUCAAACCACACCAGUCACUAUGCUUUUCAUUCCAUUUCUACCCUUCCAAAUCACCCUUACUUCUUCUGUGUCAUACACUGCUUUAUACAAAUGGGUCUUUCAACUUGUUUCCUUUGGAGGACUUCAUCUGCUCCAUCUGACCUUCCUCCUUCUUCCCCUUCCUUUUGACUCAUUCACUCUUUCCUCAUAAUUAUUUUGCAAUUAAAUAUUUAUUCUCUUUAUAAAACUACAUUGUUUCAGUCUACUUCUUUUAUAUUGAACUGAUAACUGUUUAUUCAACAUCCAUUCAGUCUUGACACUUUCCCUUUUGUUUUAUACACAGACACUUCUUAAGCAACCCAGUUCAGCUCUAUUCUGCUGACUUUAACUGGGAUGCUGCUUCUGUCAUUCUGAACUCUCCUUAUAAUAAAGAAAGCAGAAGCAUCCUAUUAAACAAAACCAUUUUUGCAUUUUACAAAUAUUCAUUCCACACAACAGACCAAAUACUUGCCAUUAUCUUUUCAUCUCUUAAAAUUUCUCUAGUUUCCAUUCUUUUGUAAACAUUGUAGGGAGAUACAUAAACUUAUUUACUUUUUCUAGUUUUAGUAUUUAUAUAUGAGUAACAAACAUGCUCUAAACACAGCUUCCUUGAUCUUUGAUGCAUCAAUUUUAAAAUCCAUACUGUUAUUAACUCUGUCAGCCUACCCAUCUAAAAUUUGCUGCAAAUCUUUCAAAAAUGUUGCCAACCAAUCCACUUCAAAGAUUUCUUAUACAGUACAGGUAACCAUAAAUACAGUAAAAGAAUGAGACACCAACCUCUGUUUAUUCUCACACAUACUUUUCUUUCAUCACUCUUCUUACCAAUUUAGCAAUCAACUUUCAACUCUAUACUCAUUCAGAUCAUCCAUAAUUUAAUGUAUUCACAUUACACACUUUCUCUAAAUCAAUGUAUAAUGUAUUUCUUUUGUAUGUAUUUAUGUUUCAUAUUCAUGCAUUUCUUAGUGACCUGCUAAAAACUGGUUGCUCACCACUUGCCUGGCAUAAAGCUGGAUUAGAAUUCUGCAAAACAUUUUCCCAAAUACAUUUAACAAAUCCCAUUGUAAAUAUUUUACUCGGUCUUGCUAUCUUUCCCCGAAGGAGAAUAGUGAUAACAACAUUCAUCCAUUUAUCAAACCCUUCCCAUUAAAUGAGCCAGCCAUUCUGUAGGCAAAUUACAUCUAUGUUUUAAGAUUUAUACCACCUAUGCUUACAAUUUUACCAUAUCCCAACAGUGAAUAUUUAUGAUAGCCUUAUUAUCAUUUUUCCUCUUUGAACACUAUUUAUAUUUUAAUAUAUACGUGAUUUCAUUAAGAAUUUUGAUUAUAUAAUUUCUAAUACAAACUAAAAGACAGAAAAAAGAAUAGAAAGAAGUAAAAAGUGCAGAAAAAGAAAAGUAAUAAAGAAUAUAAUAUAGAGAAAAUAAAUAUAUAAAGAAGUGUCUUCCAACCUUCAUCGCAAGUAUAAAGAAAUGUAAUAACCCUUAAUCCACUCUAAGGCUAUAAAUAUUUAUCUUUUCAUCCCAUAUACCAGGGGCCUGGCUGAGGAAUUCUGGGAGUUGAAGUUCACAAGUCAUAAAAGGGCCAAAUUUGAAGACCCUUGCCAUAUACUAUCUCUCAUCUAUAACCAAAUUCAUAAAAUACCAUUUUUUCAAUCCUCAUCUCAAUAGUAUGUACAUAAAGGGUUACUAGAAGUAAUAACAUAUCUUGGGUUAACCAUGUUCUUGAAUCUCAUGUUCCUUCCUUUUACCUCAAGCAAUCUUAAUUUUUAGUUCAUUCAAAUAUUGCUGGAUUUGUUUUAUCUUCAUUUAUUCUUUGUCUCAUUGCUCAGAGUUGUUUAAGGUUUUAACAAGCCUGUUUUGUAAGUCAAGUAGGAAAACAAAAUCCACGCAUCCCAAGUCAUUCUCUUGGUUUGUCAUUUGUAUUUCCCUUUUAAAUUUUAAAACCUCAACCAGUGUGUUUUGUAGAUCCAGUGAAACAUCCUUUUCUAGAUCAUUCUCUUGAUCUGUCAGUUCUAAAUCUACUUGAGGUGCCAUCUCUAUUGUGUCAGAUAAACUUUAUUCUGUCAUUUCUUCAAUAACAAAUAAUUUAUCCAUGGAAGCUGACAUCAUUACUAUAUUGUUGAAACUGUGGCUACCAUUUUCUGAUUCCAUUCUUCAAAAGUCUUCUUCAAUAUUUUAUUCUUGUUAUAACAUGUUGCAACAUUUUUCAGGCUUGUGAAUCUUUCCUCUACCCAAAAACUUUAGUCCCCUCUAGUGUCCAGUUUUUGAAAUCAUGACAUUGUUUAUCUUUCUUUUGCCUUAUAAAAAAGAGUUUAUUUCCCAUUAGCUGUGUGUUCAUUAUAAUUAAUUCAAAAAUCUUAUUGCAAAUGUUUCAAUAAUCCAAUUUUAUCUAGACCUUUAGCCCAUUUAUUCUUUCUCUUUCUCCACUUGCACAUUAUACAGUAUCUUUCAUCUGUAAUUUUGCAGCAAUCAUUACUUUAUGUGAUUUUUGUUUUCCUUUGUCACUUCUUAAUUUCAUUUAGCAUUCUUUUGCAUAAUUCCAUUAGCAGAAUUCCCACACUUUUGUAGCCCUGUGUAAUGUAAUUCUUUUCUCUUGGUUCCCAUCAGCUUCCACAUCUUAUUUUAGGUCUUUUUUGCAGUUAUUCUGUUUGAAGAGUAAUCUACCUUUCACAUAGAACUUGUACUUCCUCUUCGUGCAGAAAAGGAAAGGAUAAAGUACAGUGUUGUUUACUAAGAAUCUUCUAGCCGAUUUCGUGCUUUGGGGUAGAAAGAUUGUAUGUCUUCAGGGAAUAAUAGCCUGAAGAGAUGCAAUUCAAGGAAAGUGUUACUGCUUGAUUUUGCUUAUUGUAUAUAUGGCCUCAUCAUGGGUAUUCAAUGUAUGCUUCCACAUUUCUUUUAAAUGAAAUAUAUGCAUAUAUAUAAUUUGAUAAAGGAAACUUGUCAUCAACACUCAGAAAUUAGAAGUUUAGCUAUCUUUACUAUAACAUCACUAUAUAUAUACAUACAUACAUACAUACAUACAUACAUACAUACAUACAUACACAACCUACUUUUCCAAUCCAUGUUUUAACUAUUUAAAUCCACAACUUUAUGAAAACUUUCUGAAUGGUCACUACUGAUAGGCUUGUCCUCACCACUAGGCAUAUUUGAUCAGACACUGUCUAGCACACUUAAAAUUUACUUCAUGAUGCAGAAUUACAAUAGGAUAGUUUUGUGUGUGUGUGUGUGUGUGUGUGUGUGUGUGUGUUUUAAAAAAACAGGUUUUGAAUUAUGCUAUAAAAAUGUCAACCUGGUAUAAAAUCUAUACCAAAAUGUAUCAUGCUUCCCUUGAGUCUGAAACCUUAAUUGCCUCAUUUUGGUCCUCUUCAUCUGGGAAUGAUCAUGACAUUUGUACAGAUAAUGGAGUAAUUUCAUCUCUUUCUGGCCCCUCUGCAAGUUUGAAUGGUAAAUUAACCCCAGUAUGACACUUUAAAAGCUCACAGGAAUACUAUUUAGUUAACAUGGCUUAAUGGGCUAAAGGACCUGAACAUACUGAGAUGUUCACCAUAUAGAAAGUUCUGUAUGAUUUGCAACCAUCUAUCUGGGUUCAUAAGGAAUUGCUAUGUCUCUGCAACAAUUGCCUUAUCCAAGCAAAGUACAGUUGGGGACUCUAGCAGAGAGAGGAAAAACUGCUUGAAGUUACCUACUUCUGCAGUCAAUGAUAAUUUUCUUAAAGUAUCAGAUUAUGUCUUAUUUGACACCCAGAGAUUUAUAAUCUGCAUUUAAAUAGAAACAGAUGUUUGAAAUGUGAUUGCACUGUUGGGUAAGCUGGAAUAAGUUCUACUGCCUGGAUUUGUUUUCAUUAAUAUGUAUUUAAAUCAAUGUGUAUAUGAAGGAGGCAUAGGAAGAAAUCGUUUAAGGGCAGAGAAGCAUUGACCCCUAACCCAGAAAGAUCUGUAGAUCCUCUAGAAUUAUGCAAGCAUGUCACUGUAGUAUGUGCACCAGACGUUGGCCACAGCACACUUUUUUAAUUGGGAAAAUUCCCACCACCCUUUACAAAUCAGACUUUUAUUUCCUUUUUUUAAAAAAAUAUGUUUUUCAGAAAAAAAAAAUUAAAGAGGUAUAUCUUUAUUUAUUGGUUAUGUAUGGAUGAAGCAUUCAGGAACUUGUGUAAUUAUAUUGGUACUCUCUCCAGAGGGUGAAGUGAGAUUGAAUGGGAUGGUGAUUUCCACAGCAACACAACCCCUUUUAUUCACUUUUGUGUUUCAUUUGAAAUGAUGUUAUGAGAAACAAGAUUCCCUCUAUCACCAACACUAUGGAGAUCAAGACAUUGUUGGGGGAGGGAAGAGGGAAUCCAGAGGAAGGCUUAAUUUCCUCUCUCCUAUGAAUGCUGCUUGCCAGUUCCUUCUAGAGGGGAUACAGUAGCCAUCCAAAGUGGUCUUUUAGGAAAAACUGGGGGCUGCCCACUAAGGAACAAAUGCAAAGGUCAUCUUGGUGCCUGUUAAGCAUUACUCUAGUUUAACCCGUAGUGGUAGAGACACUUUAAAGAUUGAUGAUAAGAAAUUGGUAAUUUUCUGGUAUUUGGGGCAAGAUAUAAUCUGUACUCCCAACAGCUGUGUCUUUCACACCUCAGUCACAUCAUAUGAUACUACCUGAGUUUCUGAAAUUCAGUUCCAAGGCCUAGCAAAUAUACAGAUAGAUGUCACUGAUUGACAGCUUUCACCCACUGACUGGAUGGUUUUCCCAAUUGCUUACAAUAGCAGUAAACUAGCUAAUUAUCUCAAAUUAGAUGAGUUAGGAGCUAUAUUUCUGUGAAUAGAGCAUUGAGGACAAAGAUUUAUUGCAUUCCUCCAAUAGAACUGAUUGAAGAUAUCAAUUGAGGAAAAAUCAUUUUAGUGAAUUGCUCAUUUUUACAGUACGAGAAUACAGGAUUGCCUUUAGCAACACAGCACAUCAUGUCCCCUUUUAGAAGGAUAGCUUUAUUCACAGUCGAGGCUGCUGCUAUUUUUUGUUUUUGUUUUGUAUUUGAUAUUUUUUUUAUAAAAAUCUAUAAAAUUAAAUAAUCCACUGAUCAUCUGUGUCUUACUCCAUCUUGUUACCUUUGAUGUGAAAUGAACAGAAUUUCCAAGAAAAAAAUCCAUCUCAGCAUGAGUUUUCUAGGACAGUAGUUUGGCAAAAAGAAUUUAUAUAUAUCAAUAUGUUGUCCCUGAAGUUAAAUAUAAGCCUACUGUGCUGCAGACCUGCCUUUGCUAGUGAAAGAAAUAAUUCAAUGGCUGACUCACAUUUCAGACCUUGGAAUCAACAUAUAGAAGUUCUUGGAGAUCCAAUGUAUGGAGUUUCACAUGGCAGAUUAAUUUGUUCCCAAUAGGAACCAAGGAAGAAAAGCCCAAAAUAAAGAGAGAACUGCCUUAAAUAGUUCCCUGCAAAAUGAAAUGUUGAUUUACAAUGGCCAUGCUGGUGUAAUACCUCAUUGCACAAAUACACUAUUAUACAGGUUAUAUAUUUUUUCUUUUGUUCACUUUAAUACUUAAUAACAAAUAAAUAAUUUUGCUGGAAAUGGAGCAGUAUUAAAUAGUUGUCAGAAACAGGCCCAAUGUUACACUUGCUAUCAAGAGGUGCUAUUUUUGUUUGGAUCACUGGGGAAACAGAGGAUUUAGCCAGAAUCCUUCUCUAUUCAUGUUUUUUUUUUACAAUUUGCCUUCUGCAGUAAUAGGAAUGUCUUUCUAAAGUGCACAUUUACUCUACAAUGUACUAUACCAUGAAUUUAUGUGGAUAAUCUGCCCUGUGUUAUGUUGUAGCAGCUGGGAGUGGUAGAAUGCAAAUUGUUGUAGCAGCUGGGAGUGGUAGAAUGCAAAUUGCAGCAUGGACUUGCAGUAGCAGGCCCUCCAACCUGGAGAUCUACCAAUAUCUUGGACUAAUUAAAAGCUACAGGAUACUACCUUGUUAACAUUACAAUUCUGAUAAAGUCAGUGCUAUGAGUUAUAGCCCAUUAAGAUUGUAGAAAUAUUGUUAAGGGUGUUUAGUCUUAAUACUUAACAGCAAUUCAGGCCUAAAAGACCUGAAAUUGAGAUUUUCCCUUACCCUUACCUGUCAAUUGUAAUUUAGAUGUGUACUUAGGUUCUUGUGUUGGUUGUACAUAUAUAAUAGAGGAGGCUGCUUGAUGCCUACUUAUUUCAAAGAUCAUAGCAUAUUGAGGUAAUUAAUCUUGCUAGUUAUAUUUCUGAAAGCAUCACAUUGUAAACCUAUUUAUGUCCUAUGCAGUCAGGUUCACCUUUCUAGAGUUUUUACCAAAGCUGAAAGAGACAUCUGUACCUGAUUCUCCAAAUGGUAAUUUGUGCCGGCAUUUCAUGCAUUGGCAUCUUCCCAAUGUUUUAGAGCUUAGAGGUUCUUUGAUCCUAAGUGUGUCCUCUUCUGUGUAAAGGCAUUAUCACUGUUUAUUGCAGUCCUUUCAGGCCACCACUAUGACAAUUCUCAUAACAUUGCCCAGAGGAAAAGAGAAGCUUGAUCAGAGGAGCUGUAUGUUCUGAUGGACUGUGCACUGAGCCGUGAAAAAUAAUAUCUCGAAAAGCUUCUUAUUACAAUGUGUCUGUCUGGGGAGCUGCUGAUAGCCCACUGAGAAUGAAGGGCUGAUUGCUUUCUGCUGACCAUGCAGAACUUGUAAAAUAUAAAGCAGUUUGCUUUCAAGGAGGAACUUCACAGAGUUUGAAAUAACAGAAUUUUGGCAGGGGAGUUGAAGGGGAGGUUCUUUAACAAUUUCCCCCCUUAUAUCAAUAGUUGAUUUUGGCUAAGAUAAAAACUUGUGAAAUAAACAAGAAUGAAGAAAAGCCUUCUUUGGUGCUCUAAAAAGAAAAGGUGAAGAUGAAUGGAGCAGAAUCUGCAAUCAUAAUGUUCGUUUUCUUGCCUGAAAACCUGACAUAUAUUUGCAGCAAAUGCUAAAUUAUAGCAGUUUUUGAAGAAAGUGUUAAAGCAUAAAGCAGCAAGUGACCUUUGCUGUUGAUAAGCUUAAAGCUGGAUAGUGGAAAUAACCAUCCUGAAGGAGGACAGACAAAUAGAGGAUCAAACUCAAUGCGUGAUAGUAAGAUUCACUUGUGUACUAUAGAAAAUGAGAUGGUUGCUGAAAUGGAGCUUCUUAAACCACUCAAAAGCAAACAAACCAACCAGAAAAUACAUUGGUUCAUUAAGUACAUAGUCUUCAUUGUCUACAUAAUGCUCUUCAGAGUUUGGGAAUAAGAUACACUUAAUAUCUAAGUACAGAAUGGCAAAUAAGUAUAAUGGAUAUGAUUCCAAUGCUUGAAUAUAACAGUUAAAAGAUAUAGAAGCAAGAGAAAGGAGAAAAUUACACUAUGGCUUAAAACUGUUUACUCCUGCUCAGAAAACCAAAAUUAAUUAACUAGGCAAUGCUGCAGAGAGCAUUAGCAUUAAAGUUACUUUAGGACCAAAUAAAAGCAGCAUUGUGGCGCCUCCAAUUAAAGAGGCAAUGUAGAUGCUUUCCAAAAAGUAUUUCAAGAGGCAUGAAGGUAUAGUAAUUUAAACACUAACAAUUGUUAAGAUUCCGUCUUUGCCAAACAGGAUCUUUUCAGAACAUUUCUGAUAUAUAAAGAUAAAGGACUGAAGAAGAUCAGCUAUCCUUGAUUUGAUACUAAUCAAUAGGGAAGACAUGAGGAGGUGAAAUAACAGUAACUCUGGGGGAAAGAGACCAUGUAAUGCUAAAAUUCUUGAUUUUAAGGGAGCCAAAUUUAAGCACAAACUUUUAACUCAGAUUUUGAAAAAGUAGAUUUCAGUAAUGCUAGAGUAUAGGAUACCAUUGCAAAAUCAGGGUGGAGGUUGAAUUUGACCCAUAUAAAAUUCCCCCCAACAGCUCAAACUGUUUUGGAACUGGAGAAUUAUUUCAAACGGCUAAAUGCACCUUUGUUUCUAAUAACCGAUCUAUAUAAAAAUGUAAAGACUUUUCUAUGCAAGCUCAGAUGAGGUUUCAGAGCUUGAAAGCAAAAAUAACCACAAUUUUGGGAGUGGGUGGAGAUGACAUCAGUUGGUGAGAAAAAUAAACAGACAUUGUAAUUCCUCAAUCUCACAAAUUACUAACAGUGCCAUUUAAUAUUCAGUUAGAUGUUCAGUUCAUCUGAAUUUUACAGGUGUAAUAAUGAUUGCUUUGAAAUCUUUUUAAGAAUAACAAUAACACUGCUGUUUCAAAACACUUCUGCCAACUGCACUCUUUACAGAGAGUAGCAAAACUUUUGAGUUAGAAUUCAAGCAGCAAAAAAGUGAGAAUCAUACUGAAUUUUGGGAAGGCAUGAAACUGAUCAUAUUAACUGCACAACAAGUAAAAGAUAACUAAGCUAAUACACAGUAUAAAAUCUUCGAAAGGAUAAUAGGAAAAAUUUGAUUUGAUUUCAUUCUUUCAUCCUAAAAUAAUAAAAAUAUAGCCAAAUGAAGGGUUUUUAAAAUUGGCUUAAUAACAACAAUCUUAUGAACUUCUACAUUUGUAGGUCAGUAUCCUAAAUGUCCCUUUUAUUUCACAACACAGUAAAUAUAAGUACAUUAAUAGUUGGAACAAAAUCUUCUUGUCCAAAAGUUUCAAGAAUCAGGAAGAUUCCUGAAAUGCUCUUAGAUAUCAAUGAGUUUAGGUAGCUUUUGCUUUCUUCUUUUAUACCCAAAUUAAGGGAUAUUAUUCCAAUGAAUAGUACCAUAUCGAAGCUGGUAAAGCUCACAUCUGUCAAUUGGAAAAAUAGUUUGAGAUAGCACUGGUCCUUUCUUAGACCUUUUUCCUCAGCCAGAGAUCCCUUGUUCAGAGAAUGACUGAACAUAAUAGUUUUGACUUGGAGCAAUUUGAAGCAAAAAACAAAAACAAAACUAUCACUAGGGUACAAUGGAUCAAAAUUGUGAAAAAGCAUGACUGAAUUUUUGUUUUAGUUAAAAAUACUGUCAAAUUCUUGUUAAAUAAAAUGCAGAUUUUUGUUUAGAAUAUUCUGAAUUCAAAAUUUUUGAUUUCAAGAUGGCGGCAGCGUAGGAAGCA